AUGGCUCCAACCAAAUCCACCCCGAAGGCUGGAAAAAGCCCAUCCAAGGCAAAGGAACCCAAAGAGUCCGAUUUGAAAAAGCAUCUCUUGUUCCUGUGGGCCUGCCACAAGCUCUCGGAUGUUCAGGUUGACAUCCCAACCGUCGCCAAACACUUUGGCAUCACGAACCAUGCCGCUCGAAUGAGAUUGGAACGUCUGGGGAAGAAGCUUGAUAAAAUGGAAGCUUCCACCAAUUCUACCAAGAGUGAUGAAGAAACUCAUGUCAAGGACAAGGCUCAGACCAAGAAGCAGACCGAGGUCAAUACCGACGAGGGCGAUACCAUGAGUGAUUAA